AUGAAGAGGGCGAAACGGGCCGCGCCGGGCUCCCUACCCGUGCUGGGGCUGCUGCUGCUGGCCGCAUUGCCAGCGCUGUGGACGGUGCUGCUGCGGCGGGAAGCGGCGACUCAGCGGGAGCUGGAUCUAGAGCCGCGCUCGCCCGCGGGGCUACCCCCCGGGCGGUGGGUCUGGGGGCGCUCCUCGGCGGCGCGGGGCGAGCCCGGCGGCGGUGGGCAGAAAACUUUCCGGGCGCUGCUGGCCCUACCGGCGGCGGGCCAGGAGGAACAGGGCGGCGAACGGCGGUUCGCUGCGUCCGGCUCGCAGCCGCCAGCCGACACCGCCUCUCCGGUGGAGCGGGGCAUCUUCUGGAGCCGUGAGCUGGAGGAGCAAGUGCCGCCGGGCUUCGCGGAGGAGGAGGCGGUGGCAUGGCUGUCGGCCGCGCGUGCCGCCCGUGUGGCCUCGCUGGAGCGGGGCGGCUGCGGGCGCAGCUCCAACCGGUUGGCACGGCUGUCGGACGGGAGUCGCGCCUGCGUCCGCUACGGCAUCAACCCGGAGCAGAUCCAGGGCGAGGCGCUCUCGUACCACCUGGCCGGGGUGCUGGGCAUACAGGAACGGCUGCCGCCCAUGGUCCUCGCCCUGGUGGAGGCCCGCGGGCAGCAGUGGGAGCCAGUGCGGGAGGAGCUGCGCGGAUCGCACUGGGUCGAGGGUGCCGUGGUCAGCCUGACCCGCUGGGUGGACAACCUUACUGCCGUUGUGGCCCCCGCGCCCUGGGGAGCCGAAGCAGGCGCCGGCCGGUGGCUGCAGCCGCUGUCUGCGGGGGAGCUGGGCGUCCUGCCGCCGUCGCAGCUAGUGGAGCUGGUGCAGUGGAGCGAUCUGAUCCUUUUCGAUUAUCUGACGGCCAACUUCGACCGUCUGGUCAGCAAUUUCUUCAGCCUGCAGUGGGACCCAAGGGUGAUGGGCCGCGCCACCAGCAACCUGCUCCGCGCCCCUGAUGGCGGGCUCGUCUUUAUGGACAACGAGGCGGGGCUGGUACACGGCUACCGCCUCCUCGCCAUGUGGGACCCGUACAACGAGUCACUGCUCCGCUCCAUCUGCGUUUUCCGCGAGGGCACGGCGCGGCGUGUCGCUGAGCUGCACCGCCGCCGCAGCGCCGCUGCCGAGCUGCGCCGCCGCUACCGGGCGCGGGAGCCGCUCUGGGCGCGCCUCGGCUUCCUCUCGGAGCGGCAGGCCGAGCUGCUGCAGGCCCGCGUUGACUUCGUGCACCGUCACAUCGCCCACUGCCGGGCACAGGCCGCCGUGCUUUGACGGCCCCGGGGUGGGCGGAGGGUGGCGGCGAGAGCCUGUUGCCCGCAGUGUCCCGUUUUUUCUCUCCUCCGAUGGAGGAGGACUUAUCCCGGUGGCCGCCGAAGGCUAGGGUGGGCCCUGCCCGCCACCUCGGUGCUCGGUGCCCUGUAACCGCCACGACUGCCGGGGAUGGGGGGAGGGUUCGGCCGCCAGGAGCGGAUGCUCACGCUCAGGUGCAGGUAAUAGCAGGUAGAGGAGCAGUUAAUUAGCGUCAAGUUCCCUGGAGAUGCAGAGUGUGAUCGGUGUAAUUAUUGCAGAGUUCCACUCCGGGGUUUUGGUUCUAGAGCUUGAAAAAAUUAGAGGAUUCGGCAUCUUGAGUGCUUUCCUCAGUUCUGUUGGUGCACUCACCCUCAUAAGAGACCCCGUAGGAAAGCAGUUGGUUUUGUCUGGAUUGGGGUCAGCUACCUCUUCCUUCCAAAGGAGGCAGGUGAAAACAUUUCCUUAUAUAUUAUUCCUUUUGCAAUAGCAUAUUUAAGUAUGAAUGUUGAUAUUCAUAGACCAAUAACUGAUUGCACAAUAGGGAUGUCCCUAACUAGCCUAACCUCCCUAUUCAUGAAGCUUGUUCCUUACUGAUUUUCUCUAAUGAGAGUGAACCUUUCUACUGAUUGUUAAAUCCUGUUGAUUGGGAAGUGUACAGGAAACCCAUACUCUGUUAGCUCUUAGUCUUUUUUUUGUGGAUGCAGCGGGUUAAACUGUUUUGGUUCUUAAAGCAUUUGUAGUCAUCACUAUAGUUGUUUCAUCUGACCAGUAAAGUAACUGACUAAUGAGCAACGCAAGAGGAUGUCCUGGCUUUUAAAAACAUUGCUGUGUGCUAAGACUUGGAUACAACAGUUAAAGUGAAGGAAAAACUGUUUCAUGCACUUUACUUUGACUUUUAAAUUUUUUAUAAAAGAGGACUUUUUUAUUUUACAAAGUCUGCCUUUUAUGUACAUUCUAUAUGUUUGUUAGCUUUUCUGUAACAUACUGCAGAAACUGACAUUUCAGUAAAGCGUGUUAACAAUU